AUGUCACCACCGUUAAGUGCAACUAGUAGACGACACCAACAUCGCUUAUCAAGCCAUAAUUAUUAUCACGAUCGAGCAAAUGAUCACACAAAUGGUUCCAGCACUCAUUCUAGGGAGAAUGAUUUAGAUGCAAAAUGUGGAAAUUUUUUACCCAAAGAUGGCAUAGAAAAGCUUCUAAAUGAAGAUUCUACAAUAUUAAGUGUUAGACAUGAUGCUUUUCCGGUUUUUGAGUGUUUUGCGACAGAGAUUAGUAGUUUGGAUGCGAAAAAGAAGUUAUACAGUGAUCUACAGGUUGGUGAUGAAUUGUGCUUCCGAAUCCGGCGUGUCGAGCUUGCUGGUGUCUAUGCUGAGCCUGUUUGCACGUUACAUUCGUUUCGCCGAAGUUUGAGGUGGAUUAAUGAUUUUCAAGUUUUACUGGAGCGAAAUUUACAAAGUGGACAUGAUUACCGACCAAACGAUUUGAUCAGAGUUUUGGUAGUUGGCUUUGAUGAUGAAAGAAAAAUUCCGAUUUUUGCUAUAGAUGAAGAUGCGGGUCUUUUGACGGAAGCUGAAUUGCCGGCUUACUUCAGGAAUGGUGAAGAAAUUGGGACCAAAACUUUCGAUGAAUGUCUGAAGGACUAUCUACCAGCCACUAAUCCUAAUCUCGCAACGCUUUUUGGUAUACAGACCGACUUAGCUAUUUCUUUUUUGCAUGAUUUAAAAGAUACGGAUUUUUCGCCAAAGCAACGUGCUCCUUAUAUCCGUCGUAAGCAGAAUGAGAAUCUUUCAAUGAGUGUUGCCAAAAGGGGCGUUGAUAAGAUUCGAGAAGGCGAAAAUGCUACUGCUGUGCAGCAUUUCAACAAAGCACUCUCCAUUUGUGAAAAAAAUAUUGAAGCACUAGUUGGCAGAGCAGCUGCGUAUGCCAAUAUGGGGCAAUAUAAUUUAGCCGAAACAGACUUAGAUGCAGCUUUGGCAAUAAAUGCAUCGCAUACAAAUGCAAGAAAUUAUAUGAUCGAAACGUUAUUACAGGAAGCUAAAAGAUUAGAAGAAGCCGGUAAAAAAGAUGAAGCAAAAACGAAAUAUGAAAAAAGUCUAACGAUAAAAGAUGAUGCACGUGCGUUAAAUGGUUUAAGGAAUCUAGAACGAAGCCCAUCAGUUGAGAUAGUUAAAAUGAAGAAUGAUGGUGCUAAAACGAAAGAUCGAAAAACGGAAUAUUCGAAAGCAGCUGAUAAAAGGCAACGAAGAAAGCGUCGUAGAGAUGCAGAAAAGCUAGCCGAAUAUGAACGAUUUAUUGCAGAGCUGAAAUCAAAGAAACCAUUUUUGCUUCAAGCAGUAAUGAUUAUUGAGCGGAUAGAAGUUGGUCGAUGUCUAUGUAUUCAUGCUCAAUUACAAGCUGUUGAUACUGUUUUGCAGUCAUUACUGUAUCAACGUGGCAUCGUACCAUGUGUUGUAACGCAAUUAUUUUCAACCAUUGAAUCACAUGAUGAAAUUAAAUUUGUUGAAACAUAUGCAAAGAUUAGAGAAGCAUUGAGAGAGUUAUUCCGUAGCUGUAAUCGUCGUGCACUUCAUGAAAUUGUUAUAAUUAUUGGUGCAUCAUGUGCGAUACCACAGGAAAUUUAUCAAAUACCUAUUAAAGUAUGUGAUUCAUUUGAAUCAGAUCAUUCACACUGUGGUGAAAAUUGUGCUGAAUUAUCGGCAAGGGAACAGCGUAUGAUAUCAUCGUCAUUGGUAGUAAGUGCAAAUUUAAAUACUACGCGGAAUAUUACUCGAAAUACACGUGUUUGCAUUUUGGCGCGUGGGACGUCUGCUCUUAAGUUUCCGGAAGAACUUGUUGAAAAUGACGAUGGUUUUGAAUUGCCGGAAGAUGAAGUGUUAGCACGACGAAAGAUCUUUUCAGUACGGUUUAUUCUAAAACACCUUUGUGUCGAGGAUGUUGUCGUAGUCAGUGAUCCUGAUACAACUUGGUUCCGUCUUUCACCGGUUAUCCGUGCAUUCAGUUAGCAAGUUGUUUCUUUUGUUGGACGAAUAUAAGAAGUUAACAGUCCGUGAAACUUUAAGGAGAUUAUCCGGU